GAAGCUCUUCAUGGAAAUGGCAGACCGCUUGGCGGAGGACGGCUGGAGAGAGCUGGGCUACACGUACGUCAACAUUGAUGACUGCUGGUCAGCGAAGCAGCGGGACGCAAGCGGGCAGCUGGUUCCCGAUCCCAAGAGGUUCCCCCGAGGGAUUAAAGCCUUGGCUGACUAUGUCCAUUCCCGGGGUCUGAAGCUGGGCAUUUAUGCAGACCUGGGCACCUUCACCUGCGGGGGCUACCCAGGGACCACACUGGACCAUGUGGAGCAGGAUGCCCAGACCUUUGCACAGUGGGGUGUGGACAUGCUGAAGCUGGAUGGGUGCUACUCAUCGGCGCAAGUGCAGGCAAAGGGCUACCCGAAGAUGUCGAAGGCCUUGAAUGCGACAGGCCGUCCCAUAGUCUACUCCUGCAGCUGGCCAGCAUAUCAGGGUGGGCUCCCUCCCAAGGUGAACUACACGAUCCUGGCAGAGAUCUGCAAUCUCUGGAGGAACUAUGGCGACAUUGAGGACUCGUGGGACAGUGUGCUUUCCAUCGUGGACUGGUUCUCUGCGCACCAGGACGUGCUGCAGCUGGCGGCUGGCCCUGGCCACUGGAAUGACCCCGACAUGCUCAUCAUUGGAAACUUUGGCCUUAGCUACGAGCAGGCACGCUCCCAAAUGGCCUUGUGGACAGUGAUGGCAGCUCCGCUCCUCAUGUCUACUGACCUCCGCACCAUUUCCCCAAGCGCUAAGGAGAUCCUGCAGAACCGGCUGAUGAUCCAGAUCAACCAGGACCCCCUGGGAAUCCAGGGACGUAGAAUUGUCAAGGAGAAAUUCCACAUCGAGGUGUUCCUGCGCCCGCUGUCCCAGGCCGCUAGCGCCCUUGUCUUCUUCAGCCGGAGGACGGACAUGCCCUUCCGUUACACCACGAGCCUGGCCAAGCUCCACUUCCCGGGCGAUGCUGUGUAUGAGGUCCAAGACGUGUACAGCGGUAAGAUCAUCAGCAGCUUAAAGACAGGAGACAACUUCACAGUGGUGGUGAACCCCUCGGGAGUGGUGAUGUGGUACCUCUCACCGCUGGCGCAGCCCUGGCACUUGCUCAGGCAGCAGGGCCCCGGGGCAGGCGUCCGCCCCAUCCUUCUGUGA